AUGCUGCCGCCGCCAACACCGGCCGGAGGCGACGACGACGAAGCGGGGGAGGAAGAAGGAACCGUGGUGUUCCCGCCGGCAGGAGGCGUUCUUACUCCAUCGUCGGCGUCUGCGUCUACCGCCGUUGGACGUCGCGGCGGCGGCGGCGGCGGCGGCGCGGAGUUGUCCCCGUUCUUCGGCGGCCGCAAGAAGAGGAGCGGUAGGCGGGAGAGCACCGGCGGCCGUCUGGAGAGCGGCGGCGGCGGCGCUCUUGGUAGCGGGGGUUGGGUCGACAAGGUGGUGGCCGAUCUGCUGCAGCAGCGAGACGCGGAGAAGGCGGAGGAGGAGGAGAAGCAAGAGGACCGCGGUAGCAAUAAUAACCUUGCCGCACUGCCGGAGGAGGAACCUGCUGUUGACGACGACGGUACCGCCGGUGGUGUGAAGGAGGAGGAGGAGGAGGAUGGCGAUGAGGGAGGGCCGAUGAUGGUGAAGCUGACGCCGUGGACGGGGGUCGUGAUGGGCGCCGUGGCGAUUGGCACAGGCGUCGCCAUCGCCGUGGUUGUCCGCAGUGCCGUCUCUCUCGUGUUCUUCUACUACUGA